GUCACUUUUUCAAAUGGCGGUUACAGUUUACAAGUGUCAGACAUCAUAUAAUAUGAAUGAAAUGAGUAAAUGUUAAUUGAAAAAGUAACUAAUGAUUAUUCGGUGAUUUGAAACAAACAAUUAGUAAAAAUGUCAGACAGUAUAAAAGUAGCUAUUAAAGUGAGACCCUUAAUUAAGCGUGAAAAGGAUGAUAAUUUAGGGAUACAGUGGGCAAUUCAAGGCAAUUCCAUUGUUUCUACAGAUCAAGAAGUGAAGAAGCGUGGAGAUGGCGGUUUUUAUUUUGAUCAUAUCUUUGACAUGAAUGCAUCUAAUUUGGAUGUAUUUGAUAUUGUUGUAAAACCAAUUGUUAAUGCUGCUGUAAAUGGCUUUAAUGGUACAGUUUUUGCCUAUGGUCAAACAAGUUCUGGGAAAACGUACACUAUGAUGGGUAGUGCAGAAGAACUGGGGAUUGUGCCACUUGCUGUGCAACACAUGUUUGAUGCUAUUGCUAAUACCAGUGGACGUGAAUUUUUACUGAGAGUAUCCUACUUAGAAAUUUACAAUGAAAGAGUAAAUGAUCUUUUGAAUAAAAGUGGGACUGAUUUAAAAUUGAAAGAAGACAGUAGUGGACAGGUAAUCUUACAAUGUAAAGAGGAAAUUACAAAUAGCCCCGAAAAUGUGUUAUCUAUAAUGAAAAAAGGAGAUAAAAAUAGAAGAAUAGGGGAAACUAAUAUGAAUGAGCGUAGUAGUAGAAGUCAUACUAUAUUUAGGAUUACAAUUGAAAGUAGAGAAGCUGGAGAUUCAAAUAGUGCUAUACAAGUAUCACAAUUGAAUUUAGUAGAUCUUGCUGGUUCUGAAAGAGCAAGACAAACAGGAGCUACUGGAGAGAGAUUUAAAGAAGGGAGACACAUUAAUAUGUCUUUGUCUACCCUAGGUUUAGUAAUCAUGCAAUUAAGUGAAUCCCAGGAUGGUCAAAAGCAUGUUAAUUUUCGUGACAGUAAAUUAACACGAUUACUUCAAAAUUCACUAGGUGGUAAUGCCAUGACAGCAAUAAUAUGUGCUGUGACUCCUGCUGCUUUAGAAGAGACUCAGUGUACUUUGUCUUUUGCCUCUCGGGCGAAAAGUGUGAAAAACAAACCACAAAUUAAUGAAGUCAUGUCCGAUGCGGCACUUUUGAAACGCUAUGCAAGACAACUAGCUAAACUUCAAGAAGAAUUGCAGAGAAUAAAGAUUGAAAAUCGAUCUGCAGAAGUUGAAGAAAUGGAAACCAGAUUGCAAGAGAAAGAUCGUAUUAAUCAAUUAUUAGAAGAACGCAUAGAAUUACUAAAAACUCGUAUUGUUUCCGGAGAUAAUAUAGCUCAAGAAGAGUCAUUUAAAUGCAAACUGAAAAGAAGACAAACAUGGGGUGGUCCUGGAGUGUUUAAUCAACAUUUAUCGAUAUUUCAAACUAAAACUGGCUUGCCAACGAUAAAAGAAGUAUCAUUCGAAAUGCCACAAAGAAAAAGCACCAUACAAUCUAUAGACAUAAUGAAUCAAACAUUUCAAACAGCUUUUACCGAUUUUGAGUUAGAACUAUUUGAGAGUGAAAGAGAUCGUGAAUCUAGAGAAAGCGACAGUGACGAGGAUUAUUUUGUAACAAAACGUAGAAAUAGAGUUACAUUUGUGGAUGAUGUAUACAACAUUAAAUCUAAAAAUAAUGGUAUUGAUAUAACACCAGAAAAAAGUAACACAUCGACCCAAACUGUAAGUUAUCUAAUGUCUCCUUCCACACCAAAACAUGUUUUACGACGAUGCAUUAGUCAAUUAACAAGAGAAUUUGUAGAACUUCGUGAAUUUACAACUUUAGAAAAACAACUAACAUGUCAAGGAAAUCAUUGCUGUGCACGAGAAGAGAAAGAACAACAAACUGAACAAAUAAAGUCAUCUUUGGAAUGUUAUAAACUGGGAUAUGUUACAGAAGUGAAAGAACAACUUGCAGCUCUUAAUCUUGCAGAAGAAACAAAUUUAGAAUCUAUAAUUACUAAACUAUGUACUAAAUUGAAUGAAAUUCAGAAACAAAAUAUUUUAGAAAAAGAAGCGAAUUUUAAAACAAUGAAACAAUUUUCAGAACUAGAAAAAAGAAUUGAAAAUAUUACUUCUGAAAGAAAUGAAUUUGAAUAUAUUAGCCGUGAAUUACGUGCAGAAUUAAAGAAAAAAACAACAGAACUGGAAUUAAAAAUUAUGUCCGAGGAAAAUAUGAAAAAAGAAGAAAUGACAAAAAUUUCAGAAUUAGAAAAACAAAUGGAAAGUAUUAUAUCAGAAAAAAAUAAAUUUGAACGCGUCAAUGCUGUCUUAAGUAAUGAAUCGACAAAAAAAAUUACGGAAUUGCAAAAACAAAUCGAAAAUAUUACUUCCGAAAGAAAUGAGUUUGAGCACAUGCGUCGAGAAUUAUAUAUAGAAUUAAAUAAUAAGUCUAUAGAAUUGGAAAAGUUGAAGAAUAACUCAGAAAAAGGUGCAGAUACUGAAAUAAUAAAUAAUAAAAUAACAGAAUUAGAGGCAGAAAUUGAAAAUAUUACAUCCGAGAAUAAUACGUUUAAACAUAUGAACGAUGACUUACGCGCCAAAUUAAAUCAGAUAUCGUUAGAAUUCAAAUCAGAAAUUGCUUCAGAACAGACUGAGAAACAAAAAGCAAUUGAAAAAGUAUCUGAAUUAGAAAAACAUAUCGAACAACUUAAUUCAAAUAAACAAGAAUAUGACUGUACCAAUGUUGAAUUGAAAAAUGAAUUACAUAACAAAAUUAUAGACUUGGAAUUCAAAAUUAACUCAGAACAUACUUUGAAGCAAGAAGCAAUGGACAAAAUUUUAACAUUAGAAAAACGAAUUGAAGAUAUUACUUGUGAAAAAAAUGAAUUUGUACAUAUAAACAAUGAAUGCAAUAAGAAUAUUUCAGAACUAAAAUCUACAAUUAUGUCGCAACAAACUGCAUAUCAAGAAGCAAAUAAUAAGAUUUCUGAAUUAGAAGAAAAAUUGAAAAAUACAAUAUUGGAGAAAAAUGAAUUUCAACACACUAAUAGUGAACUAAAUACCGAAUUCAAUAAAAAGUGUUCUGAACUUGAGGCACAAACAAUGCAUAAGGAAGCUGACAAUUUGAAAGCAAUUGAAAAAAUGUCUGAACUGGAGAAACAGAUCAUGAAUAUAACAUCUGAGAAAAACGAACUUGAACGCGUUAAUAAUGAAUUACAUAUCGAAUUAGAGCAAAAAGAUUCUGAACUAAACAAGAUGGUAGCAGAGCAAAUUCAAAAUCGGAAAACAGUGGAAAAAAUUUCCGAAUUAGAAAAACAAAUUGAAAAUAUAACAUCUCAAAAAGAUGAAUAUAAGUGUGUAAAUAUUGAAUUACGUGCCCAAUUAGAUGCAAAAAUUUCUGAAUUCAAUUCGUAUAUAAGACAAAGUAAAGCUGAAAAUCAAGAUGUAACGGAAAAAGUUUCUAAACUUGAAAAUCAGAUUACAAGCGUGAAUUUUGAAAACAAUGAGCUUCAACGUAUCAAUAAUGAAUUACGUGCCGAAUUGAAUCGAACAACUUUUGAGUUGAAUCCCAAGACAGUAGAACAAAUGGAAUAUCAAGAUGCAAUGAGAAAAAUUUCGGAACUUGAAAAACAAAUUGCGGAUACGAUAUCUGAAAAGAAUGAAUUAUACUGUAUUAAUCAACAAUUAUGCACUAAAAAAACUUGUAUAUUAAAGGCUAAAGUGACAUCAGAAGAGAUUGAAAAACAGAAAAUAAUUGAAAUACCUGACCAACUAAAAAUUGACAAUAUAACAGAUGACAACUCUACAAAAGAUGAAUUAAACCAUAUUAUUAGUGAAUUACGUACUGAGUUGGAUCAAAAAACUUACGCAUUAAAGUUAGAACAAAUUGAGAAUCAGAAAGGAAUAAAAAUGAUCUCCGAAUUACAUAAAAAAAUAGAAUGUGUCCUAUCAGAACGAAAUGAAUUUGAAAAUCUGUAUAACCAAUUAUAUACUGAACUCAAGAAAAAAGCUCUUAGAUGUGAAUCAACAAUUGUAUUAGAGCAAACUACAACUUCUGAAUUAGAGGAGCAAAUGGAAAACAUUACCUCAGAAAAUAAUGAACUUAAAGAUAUCGACGAAAUACGUGAUGGAUCAAAUGAGAAGAAUAUAGAAUUGAAGUUAAGAAGAACCACAAUAAAGGAUUUACAAGAUGUAAUAACAAAUCUUCAAACUGCGAAUCAAGAUUUAGAAGAUCAAUAUCAAUCAUUUUUAGGAAGUGAAUCUGGUCUGUCUUCUUCAAAAAUGAAUGGAAGCAAUGCUGAUACUUCAUAUGUAAUUCUAAAUAUGGAAGCAGAGAAAAGUCAAUUAGAAGGAACUCUCCAACUAAAAAGUCAGGAGUUGGAAGAUAUAAAAAGAGAUGUUCAAAGCCUUAAAGCGGACAUAAACAAAUUGCAGGAAACUAUUUAUCUGUUAACAACUGAAAAUAUGGAAAUGGCUACAAAAUUAACUAUAGAGCAAGAGAAUGCAAAACAAAGUGAAAUUAAUCUCCAGAAAACAAUUGAUGAACUUUAUGCGCGUAUUUCUGAAGUUACGAAUGAAAAGAUUACUUUAGAAAGUGAUUUAAUAGCUUUGAAUGAUCAAUUGGAAUCUAUGCAUUCUAAGAUGUCAGUAGUAUAUAAUGAAGAACAGUUGUUAGAAUCAUACCGAAAUAAAAUCGAUAAACUAACUACAGAAAACAUUGAAUUGUCAACCUCUAUCACAGAAAAAAAUAAAGAGCUUGAGAACAUCAAAGAAAGUAAAUCACUUUUAUAUGAUCACGAUUGUAUUUAUACAAAGAAGAUAGCUACCCUUCAAGAAAAGAAUGAGUAUUUGCUAGCUGAAAAUAAUGAACUUUCUACAGACUUGAUAGACAAAAUAGAAGAAAAUGAUAUAUUGAAGGAGCAAUGUGAUAUACUAAAAAAUAAGAUAGAGCAAUCACUAUCAAUAAAUGAACAUGUUGCUGACAAUGACGUAGAACAUGUAAAGAUGAAAAAUAAUAUCUUAAAAGCAGAAAUUGCAGAAUUAAAAACAAAAGUAACAAUAUUAUCAGAAGAAAAUACAAAACUUUCUACUAACCUAUUAGAAACUUUAGAUAAUUUUGAUUCUUCUCAAAAUGAAAAAUCAUAUAAUAGUACUUUGCAUUUAUCGAAAAUAUUCAAUAAUAGUAGAGACAUCAAUGAAAUGGAAUACGAAGUAUCACAAGAAGAAACACGGGAAACACUGGCAAAUGAAGUGAUAGCAUUGCAGAACAAAAUCGAAUAUCUGACGUGCUUGAAUAAAAAACUUAGUGAUUUAAAAUUAACAUCUUGCAGCCAGUGCGUACAUUUAAGGAAUUUGAAUGAAAGUCACAGGAUCCUUAAGUUUGAAGCAAAAGAUUUGAAUCAAAAGUUAGAAGAUUUACAAAGAAAGUUCGAUCGCAAGUGUGCAGACAUCGAGAUUCUGAAAAACAAAAUACGUCAAGAAUUAAAUUUAAGUGUACACGAUGUAUCUUCGAACGUUAUCUUUGUUGAUGAAAUGAAUGUAAGUUUCGUUGAAGAAAGAAUUCAGAGUUUAAAUAAUGAACUACAAAUUUUAAAAACUGAGCAUAAUAAAUUCUUGGUUUUAUAUGAGGAUAGGUGUGAUGAAGUAAAACAACUUCACAGUGGCAUGAUUGCAAAUGAAUCCAACACGGGUGAUUCUACAUCUAAAAAAAUCCCGAACAGAGCAGGGAAUAGAAUAGAACAAAUUCAAAAUCAUAUUGACCACAUAAAAAGUGAUAUGGAUGAAAUAAAGGAAAAUAGCAUGAAUUUUACUGUUAUGCUUAAUGAAUUUAAAACUGAAAAAGCGAAUUUAUUAGAUCAAAUUAACAACUUAAAAGAUGCUAAUGAAGAAUUACGAAAAACAAUAUUAAAUAAUGAAAGCACUGCAAUAAAGAAACUACAAAUUCUUGAAAAUGAAUUGACCAAUACAAAUAGAGAAAUUGAACAGUUUUCCAUACAAGAAAAAGAGUUAGAAUCACAGAAACUAAUUUUAGAAGUAGAAUUAGAAGGCUUGAAACGCAAAGAACAGGAUAAGAAUGCCUUGAUUAAUCAAUUAAAUGAACAUAUCUUCUCUCUGAAAAAAGAAUUAGAGAACAAAGAAGAGUUACAGUAUCUAAAGGAACAAUGCGAGAAAUUAGAAAAAGAUAAAGUACUCAGUAAGGAAUUGGAGCAACAUAAUAUACUAAAGAUCAAAGAAUUGGAAAUAUGUAUAAACGAUCUCCAAAAAACUUUAACAAAUCAAGAAUGUUCCUUUAGAGAACUUCAAGAGAAAGCUAUUUAUAUGGAAAAACUUCUACAAGAAAAAGAGCAAGAAAUAUAUAUUCUAACACAGAAAUUACAAGCAGCAGAAACUGAAGUAAUUAAUAUUAACAAUAAUUUAGAAAUGAAAUACAAGAAUGAAUUUGAUUCGGUGGUCCAGCGACAUAUCAAAGAAUAUGAAAACAAUAUGCAAAAAUUAAAUGAUACACUAAAUAAAUAUAUUGACGAAAAUUUGAAUUUAUCACAAGAACUUACUAGUCUUCGAAAUGUCAAAGAACAAUUGAACGAAAUACUAGCAGAAAAAGAAUGUUUACUUGACCAUCAAAAAAUGUUGGUUCAUGAUAAUGAAAAACUUCAUGACGAAUUAAACGAAAUUAGAAAAUGUAUAAUUAAAGAACUUAGAUCGCUUAAGUAUAAUGUAAAUUUACAAGAGUUUCCAAGUAAAUCUGUAACUGAAAUUUUUGUAGUUUUACUUCAAACACUUGUAUCUAAGGAAAACGAAGUAAUUAAAACUAUGAGAGAAACAUGUGAAAAGGAAAGACAAAAAGUAGAAGAGGAGAAACAACAAUGUAUAAAUACAGAGAAACGUACUAAAACAUGGGCUAAGGAAUUGGAGGGAGAAAUUGAAAAACUCCAAGCAGAUUUAAUGGAAAAAGAACAUGCCCAUAAAGAAUAUCAAAAUACAAUAUCUCAAUUAGAGCAUCUUUUAAAAGAAAGCACUUACGAAAAAGAAAUAUUUAAAGAAAAAGUGGAAGCGCUAGAAACAGAUUUUAAUAAUUUACAAGUUGAAUUUGAUAAACAAUGCAAGGUUGAUAAUCAGCAAGAAGAAGCAAUUCUUGUUGCUCAGAAGAAAGAAAAAGAAGUACAUGAAAUGUUUAAAACCAAAGAAACAGAAUUACAGUCAAAACAUAAAUUGGAGAAAGAAAUGUAUGAAAAGAAAAUAGAUAAUCUAGUUCAAACCUUAGAGUUUUACAAAACCAGAAAUUUGGAAUUAAAUAAUACGAUUGAAGGUCUUGAAGCAAAUGAAAGACAAUUGAAAAAUACCAUAGAAGUGAAUUUGACUGAAAUAAAAAAAUACAACCAAAAUGUAAAAAAAAUAAAUACAGAACUUGAACAACUUACACAGGCUUAUAAUGAAGUAAAUCAAGAGAUGGAGCAGAAGAAUUUACAUAUCGAAGAAAUCACUACAGUUCUAAAAAGUAAAUGUGAUAUAUUGUCUGAAUAUAAAAUAAAAUUUGAGACAAUUGUGCCUGAAUAUGAAAUGCUAAAGGAGCAUGUCAAAGAUCAAAAAUUGACUAUAGAACAAUGUAAAGAAGAAAUAGACAUGCUGAGAAGAGAAAGGGAAGAACAAUUGGAAAUUAUUAAAGAUAAGUUAAACUCGGAAGAAAUAAAAAAUUUUGGACUAAGUAAGCAAUUAAAUGAAUUGAACAACAAAAAUGUUACUCUAAUAGAUGAAUUGAAUAGUUUGAAAGAAAAAUAUGAAGAACUUCAAGGAGAAAAUGCAAAACUAGAAAGAAAAAUUAGAAAUAGUACAAGCAAAAUUAAAGCAGAAGCGGAAAUAGAGGAGCUGAAGGAAUUGAAUAAAAGGCUACAAAACAAUCUGGAGGGUGCAAGUAAUCGUGUGGUAGAGUUUCAAGAGAUUAGAAAUCAGACUUUAAAAGACUUAGUUGAUGUAAAAGGUAAAUACGAAUUUCUAAUGCAAGAAAAUGACGAACUAAAAAGAACACUUUCAUUAUAUAAGUCGAAACACUCGAAUUCAAGUUCAUUAAUAGACGAAGGCAAAUACGAUGUACUUCUUCUAGAAAAGAAUAAAAUUGCAUUAGAGUUAGAAGAUAAAAAGAUAAUACUGAGUCAAAAAGAUAAAGAAGUUAAAGAAUACAUCACUCAAGUACAAGAAUUAACUGAUAGAAACAAAGAACUGGAUGAUGAAUUAGAGGAGUAUGCGGCAAUAAUUCGAGAACGGGACAUUGAAAUUUCAAAAUUAGAAGACAAGUUAUAUUCCCGUUUGUCAGAAAAUGUACUUGUUAAUGAAGCAGAAGAAAAGUUAAAGAACCUCAAUGAAGAAAAUGAGAAACUUCGCGAUCAGGUAGAAGCACUUAAAAUGAGAUUGCAAAUGGACGUAGAGAAAGACAUUGAACUCCAAAAUGAAAGCAUUAUUCGCGUUUUAAAAAAGGAAAAUUUGGAAUUACAAGCGAAAAUAAAUUCUUAUAAAAUACAGAUAGAUGGUAUUGAAUCUAAAGAAAUACGCACGAAUCAAUUAAAAAAUUGGGAUAAGAGAUUAGAGAAUAACUUAGAAGAGUCAAGUAAUUCUGUUAAAGAACUUGAAGGAGAAAAGAAUAAAAUAAUAAAGGAAUUAGAAGCUCAUAAAGUAUUGUUAAAUCAGAAGGAUAAAGAACUUAAGGAGUGUAUAAAUAAACUACGAGAUUUAACAAUGAAAAAUAGGGAACUCAAUAAUGAAUUAGAAGAAUAUGUAAGAACUAUUCGCAACCGCGAUGCUGAAAUUUCAAACUUAAAAGUUAAUUUGGGUUUACAGUCAACACAAAAUGAAUCAGAUAGUAAUAUAAGACAAAAGUUAGACUUUUUCAUAAUAGAAAAUAAAAAGCUCAAAAAUGAAAUUAAAGAGCUUCAUAUGAGAUCAAGAUUAGAAACACAUGAUGAAAGUAUACUUAAAAGUAGUACAAGAAAACAAAAUAGAACUGUGACAGCUGAUAGAGAUGAAUACAAGGAUAAAUAUGAACAAUUGAAAAAAAAGAUUCAUGAAUUAGAAUUGCAGUUAGUAUCGAAAAAUGGAAAAAUUGCAACUUUAGAAAUACAAAUUCAAAGUGAGAGUUUCCCAUAUCAGAAGAAAUGUAAAGAACUGGAAGAACUUGUACUCGCGUUUCGUAAUAAGAACGCAGAAUUGAACAAUGAAGUAAGAAAACUACGAAGAACUCUAAAUGACGUUAACGCAUGGGAAUGUGAUGUCUGUAGGCGAUGGCGCGUAAACAGAAAGGAUCAAGCUUGCCAAACAAUACCCAAUAAUACAGUGCGUUUCUGUAGUACUAAUAGUGGAGUUGUUGAGGAUCAUGUGAAAAUCCAAAAAUUAGAAAAAGAGAAAAUGUUAAUGAAAGAUUUGUGUCGAUCCCGAUCUCGACAAAUAAAGGAAUUACAGGAUCGAAUACAAGAACUAGAAGCACAAAGUUCGUUUGCUUUGAGACCGAACGAAGCAUUGCAAGAUAGAUCUAAUCAACAGGAUAGCAGCAUUAUAAGACACAACAGGCAUUUAGAUAUUGGAAAAAAUUUAAAGCCGUAAAUAAUGUUAGAUUUCUUCCUUAAUCAUACAUUUUUAUGCAUAUAUGACACUAUGUAAUAACAGCGCAUCUUAUUCCAUAUCAGUAAAAUUAUUCCUGUACUAUAUGUUCAUAUAUUUAUAUGAGACUGUAAAUAAUCGCGAUUGAAUUAACAAUGAUAUGUAUUACAUUGUUAAAUUUGUGAUUUAAGCUAAUGAUUUUAUCAAAAUGAUUUUUUAUUCAUAUAGUUCAUAAGAAAUAAAUUAAAUAUUUUUAUAA